AUGCUCUCAAACUCGAUCAAGCUUUUGGCUUCGGAUGUCCACAGAGGCCUCGCUGAGCUCGUGGCGGCACGCCUUGGCCUCAAGAUCAGCCCCAGCGAGUUGAAGAGAGACUCGACAGGCGAAGUCACGUUCAGUAUUGGCGAGAGUGUGCGUGACGAAGAUAUCUUCAUCAUUUGCCAGAUCGGGUCUGGUGUGGUGAACGACCGUGUGUUGGAGCUCUUGAUCAUGAUCAACGCGUGCAAGACGGCCAGUGCCCGCAGAAUCACCGUGAUUUUGCCCAACUUCCCGUACGCCAGACAGGACAGAAAGGACAAGAGCAGAGCGCCCAUCACUGCCAAGCUCAUGGCCGACAUGUUGACCACCGCCGGGUGUGACCAUGUGAUCACCAUGGACUUGCACGCGUCGCAAAUCCAGGGCUUUUUCGACGUGCCUGUCGACAAUUUGUACGCGGAGCCCAGUGUUGUGCGUUACAUCAGAGAGAAGGUCAGCUUCAAGGACGCCAUUAUCAUCUCGCCCGACGCAGGUGGCGCCAAGAGAGCCGCUGGCUUGGCCGAUAGGCUAGAUUUGAACUUCGCCUUGAUCCACAAGGAGAGAGCGCGUGCCAACGAGGUUUCCCGCAUGGUCUUGGUCGGUGACGUCACCGACAAAAUCUGUAUCAUUGUGGACGACAUGGCCGACACGUGCGGCACGUUGGCCAAAGCUGCCGAGGUUUUGUUGGACAACAACGCCAAGGAAGUCAUUGCCAUAGUCACGCACGGAAUCUUGUCGGGCAAUGCCAUCAAGAACAUCAACAACUCCAAGCUCAAGGCCAUUGUGUGCACCAACACCGUGCCCUUCGAGGAGAAGUUGGAGCUCUGUCCUAAGCUAGAUACAAUCGAUGUUUCGGGCGUGUUGGCCGAGUCCAUCAGAAGACUCCACAACGGAGAGAGCAUCUCAUACUUGUUCAAAAACGCGCCUUUGUAA